GAGCAAAUAUAAUGAGGGAAUUAUAGAAAGAAGAAAGCAAGAAAAAAUUUAGAGUUGAUAGAUAUAAAAAUGGUGAUGAUAUGGGAAAAUGUAACAGUAAGAAUUGGUUCAGAAAAGAAGUUGCUUGAUGCUGUCACUGGUUUUGCUCAACCUGCUAGAAUCAUGGCUGUUAUGGGCCCUUCUGGCUCUGGCAAAACCACCCUACUCACUUCUUUGGCUGGAUCACUUGCUGCAAAUGUUUCAAUGACUGGCAACAUUGAAAUCAUUGGGAAAAAGAAGAGAAAUUUGUACUCCAAAGAAGUGUCUUAUGUGGGUCAAGAAGAAAUUUUGUUGGGAACUUUAACUGUAAGAGAAACCCUCACAUACUCAGCAAACAUGAGACUUCCUUCAAACAUGAGCAAACAAGAGAUAAAGAAAGUGGUUGAAGAAACAAUAAUAAAAAUGGGUCUUGAAGAAUGUGGUGAUACUAAAAUUGGGAAUUGGCAUUUAAGGGGUAUUAGUAAUGGUGAAAAAAAGAGACUUAGCAUUGGUCUUGAAAUUUUAACACAACCCUUUGUGUUGCUUCUUGAUGAACCUACUAGUGGACUAGAUAGUGCUUCAUCAUUUUAUGUGAUUCAAGCUCUAAGCAAUAUUGCUUUUGAAGGGAAGAUAGUUAUUUGUUCCAUUCAUCAGCCAGGGAGUGAAACUUUUAAUAUUUUUGAUGAUUUGCUUUUGUUAUCAAGUGGUGAAACUGUUUAUUUUGGAGAAAGAAAAAUGGCUACAAAGUUUUUUGAAGAUGCAGGUUUUCCUUGUCCUAUCAAAAGAAAUCCUUCAGAUCAUUUCAUUAUGAGCAUUAAUUUGGAUUUUGACUUGGUUAACGAAGCUCUUGCAAGAUUCCAUCCAACAUCAUCAAAUUCAACAACGGGAAUGAGAACAGCAGACAUUAGAAGGGAACUAAUAGAGAGUUACAAAAGUUCAGAGCUAAUCAUCAAUGCAAGAAAAAUAAUUCAACAACUAAAAACCAAUGAAGAGGAAACAAUUAACUCCAAUAUUGUAAGGAGUAGUGCUAGCUGGUGGAAGCAACUGUGCACAUUGACCAAACGUUCUUUCCUUAACAUGAAUAGAAAUUUGGGAUAUUAUUGGCUGAGGAUUAUAUUCUACACACUUACAGGAAUUACUAUUGGCACCCUCUUUUUUCACAUUGGCACAAGAAACUCUUCAAUUUUGGUUAGAGGAAAGUGUGUAUCAUUCAUUUAUGGGUUCAUGAUAUGUUUGGCAUGUGGAGGAUUGCCAUUUUUCAUUGAAGAAUUGAAGGUGUUCUAUGGUGAAAGAUCCAAAGGGCAUUGUGGAGAGGCUGCAUUUGUAAUAUCAAACAUUAUAUCAUCAUUCCCUUUCCUCCUUUUAAUAUCACUCUCCUCUGGAUUAAUUAUUUAUUUCAUGGUGCAAUUUCAUCCUGGUUUAACUAAUUGUACAUUUUUCUGUAUCAACUUAUUCUGCUGUCUAUCUGUUGUUGAGAGCUGCAUCAUGGUUGUAGCAUCAGUGGUUCCUAAUGUGAUGAUGGGUAUAGGAGUAGGGACUGGUUUUAUAAUUUUCAUGAUGAUGCCCUCUCAAAUAUUUAGACCACUGAAUGACAUUCCAAAGUUCUUUUGGCGUUAUCCUAUGUCCUACCUCAGUUUUGCUACUUGGGCUGUGCAAGGACAAUACAAGAAUGACAUGUUGGGGGUUGAAUUUGAUCCUCUGAUACCUGGAGACCCAAAAGUAACUGGAGAACAUGUAUUGCCAAUACUAUUUGGUGUUCCACUAAGUCAUGGAAAAUGGUUGGACCUAACAAUGUUGGUUAUCUUAUUAUUAGUUCAUAGAUUUCUUCUUUUCUUGGUGCUUCGGUAUCACAAAAGAGGGAUAACACAUGUUCUAUGGUUUUAUGUCAAGAAUAAUCUACAAUCAACAAAAAGAGUUUUAUUGAAGAACAAGCAAUCUAUUUCUUGUAAGAAACAAGAACCACCACAAUGUCCACUAUCGUCUCUAGAGAAUGCUCUGUCUCCAAAUUGUGCAAUUAUAUAACACUUUCAUAUAAUAUUAUAAAGUAUGUUGCAUUUUUCUUUUUAGGUGUCAUUAUUGUAACACUAAUAAGAGACAUUGCACAUUCAUAUCAUAUUAUAUAACACUUUAA